UUGUACCGCGAUGCGACAGUCAUACGUGGGGCGCGAGAGCGGGUGGUGCUCUCUGUCUCUCUCCUUCUCUCUCUAUUUCUGUGCUCUUCUCCUCCUCUCAUUCUCUCAAGCCCGUAUUCGGGAAAGCCUUAGGUAUUUGCGUGCGAGACCGCGUCGCGGGAUCGCUUCGCGUGUUUACGUCCCCGAGCGGCCGAUACGCCUCGUGCAUGUGCAUGCGCGUGUAACACGUGUAUACGAUACGUAUGUAUGCGUGCGUGGGUGCAUGUGUGAAUGCUCGUUGUCACUCGUGGACCGACCAAGAGCACGGUUCGUCGCGUCAGUCGCUUCUCCCCCGCGGCUCCGAGAUACGCGGCCGCGAUCAGCUGUGUCCCUCGGCAUCUGUCAAACUCUAGAUCCCUCGGUAUCGUAGGCCCUCGACGGGGGAAACGCAGGUGCGCACCGACGAUGCGAUAAGGGCGUUCGGAAUUUACAGAAACCCGACGAGGGACAAAGGGAGUGACGAUGUUUCGACAUCACAAGAGUGUUUUGCGACAGAGUAACGCGCCUUCAUGUAUACCGAAGAGAUUGAUGGAUGAUAUGUAAGGUAGAUCGAGGGAAAACAAACGGAACAAAGGGGAGAGUCGGGUCGCGUAUGGGAGCACAAGUGUGCGAUGGUGAAUGCAACGGUUGAUAAACGGCGCGCGGCACAAUCAGCGGCACGUGGCAGCGUUGGGCUGGUGAAUCUCUCGACUCCCACGCGGGUCGUCAUCCCCGCGGCGAGCGGCAGCGGGUGGAUUUCGCGCAUCCGGCCGAGAGAUCGUCGAGAGAAGACGGCUGCCGAAGCGAGAAAAGGGCGACGCGCGAGAGGGUGGCUCGGGGGAGCGGCGAGGAAGCAAUAAAAUAGCCUCGUGACGGAGGGGCUUCGCACGGCCCUGGCGCGACUGCGGCACUGUACCCCUGCGGGGGGCUCGCUGCCGAACACACCGAAUCCACCGUCCACCCCGGAACACAAAUCCCAAGGGUGCUCGAGGAAUCGCGAAUCGGCAACCAGAUGUGGCAGUUUGGGAAGUAACGCGUGUGAUCAGGGGGAUACAUCGCAGUCGCAGCCAUCGCGCGGGCAACAUGGGGCUGACAGUGGCAGCGGUGGCGGCGGCGGCGGACGAGACGGUGACCUUCUUUCGUCCGCGAUUCGGCGGUUCAACUUCAAGUCGGCGGGCGGCAGCCGUAGCUGCCGGACGGUGCCGAAAGUCGUGGUCAUGGGCUCCAGCACGGCGUCGGAAACAACGAUCAACACGAGCACCGACAGCGCCAAUACGAUGCUCACUAUGGUGACGACGACAGACGGGGAGCAGCCAGACGACAGUUUCGACCUAAUCGACGUGCCGGCCGAAAUGUCGCCUCCCGCUACAGCCCCGUCGCAAUCGUCGCCCAUCCAUCUCGUUGGACACUCCGACGACAUGGCCACGGGCAGCCGCAACUCGUCGCCUGCAUCGCCCACGUCGCCCAUCUCCGUCGCUGCGCCGGCGAGUCAAACUACACCGCCGCUGCCGCUUCCGUCGUCGCCGACGUCAUCGCUCUGCGCCUUCGACGGGCCCGAGGUCGCAGGACCGUCGAGCCGCUGCUCCCGCUCGAAACUCGACUCGGACAGGCCAUCGGACGGCAAUCCCAAGGCGAUUAGCGCUACCAUUGGUCAGGGACACGCGAGUAACUGCGCCGAGGGCACGUCGGCUCUUCCGCCACCCACGCCGAUGAUCGGGGCGCACCAGGAGACCAGGUUCACCUUCGGCGGCAGCGGCAGAACCCCGCCUCUUCCCGAUCUCAGAGCCGCGGACUUCUUCAGCACCCCCGUGAGGGGCUCCGUGGAUGCGGGCCAACCUGAUUCGAUCGACACGCGCUCCUCGAUUCGGAACUUGGUGGCCGUCCAGGAGAAGCAGAACAGGAUGGCAUAUCAGAUCGAUUACAUGACCGGCGGAAAGGUCAACUCGAUUCAGGCGAAUCCGCUCGAGAAGGGCAUCGCCGAUCACAGGCGGAGCCAAAAGAGGCCCAACAUCAACGUGACGACCAAUCCACUCGAUAUAUCGCUCAUAGGUGCGACACAGCCGUGCAACACUCAGGGCUGCAAUGUCCAGGGUGGCACGAGUACGAAAUCCCGAGGACGAUCGGCAGGCGGAAGCGCCGGCGGCGCCGGUAAACGAUCGACCCAGGCGACAAUCGUCGUACAACAGCCAUCCCUAUCUCUGGACGCGCCGGCGGCGACGAUCCUGCUGCAUCCGGACGCCGACGUCAGACGACGCGAGGAAAACAUGCGGCAGUUGCUAGACGUCGCCAACACCCUCACCCUGCAGGAGAUACACGACUUCGAGAUGAGAUAUGGAAGUCCCCAUCACAGCCGGUCGCAGUCGGUGAAGGCCCCCGGCAGUCGUUCUUCCGGUCGACCAAAUUACCUGUGUCUUCCGCAACAGAGAUCACGAGUGGCGAGUAUGCCCAACACCGGCGUGGAGGAGGAAUAUUACAGAUUACGGCAUUUCAGUAUCACGGGCAAAGGAGUGGUGAACCGGGGCGACUCCCUCAAGAGUCGCAGGUCGCGUUCUAAUAACAGCGUUGCAUCCAGCAAUUCCAGCGUCCCCCUUUCUUCUAUUCGGCGCAGCACGGAGCACCUGACGGCCUCGUAUCCGGGAUCGGCGAGGAAUUCGGCAGCAGGUUCGUUGGCCAGCUCGAGGGAGAGCAGCGCGUCCCAGGGUCCGGCCCCGUAUCGCGUCCUCAUGUUGGGCGCCCCCGCCGUCGGCAAGAGCUCCCUGGUGUCUCAAUUUAUGACCUCCGAGUACCUGCACGCCUACGAUACUUCGAUCGACGAUGAGUCUGGUGAAAAGACUGUCAGCGUGCUAUUGGCCGGUGAGGAAUCGGAAUUGACUUUUAUCGAUCACUCCUGCGCCGAGAUGACGGCGGAGAAUUGCAUCGCGACGUACGAGCCGCACGCAUACUGCGUCGUUUAUUCCACGACUGAUCGGGCGUCGGUGCGCGUCGCCGAGGAGGUCCUUCAAUCCUUAUGGAGGAGCGACCAUAUGUCCGCGAGGGCGGUCAUUCUCGUAGGCAACAAGGUCGACCUGGUUCGCAGUCGACUGGUAUCGACCGAAGAGGGAAAAUCCAUGGCAACAUCUUACGACUGCAAGUUCAUCGAGACAUCCGUCGGCAUCAAUCACAAUGUCGACGAGCUGCUGGUCGGCCUGCUCACGCAAAUCCGUCUGAAGCUGGAGAACCCCGAGAGGACCCGAGAGAUGUUUCGGAAGAGGUCGCGGAAAAAUCGGAGCAAGUCGCCGCUGGGCUCGUGCUCGGAGAACAACUCGCCUAAAAAGUACCGCGGCAGUCGGACCAGCACCAGCCUGAAGGUGCGCAAUUUGCUCGACAAGGUCUGGGCGCGCGACAGCAAGUCCAAGAGCUGCGAGAAUCUUCACGUUCUGUAAGACUCCGAGGAUCGAUCGUCUCGAUCGAGGAGAGUGAUCUAGCGAGUCUGGCGAGUUGCGGCAGACCUCCAUCGAAGGGCUCCUUACGCUUCGGGAUUGUCUUGGAGUACGUGGGGGGUCAAUGAGGCCGACCCUCGUCGGAGAAGAGGACGAAUAUCGACCGCUCAACUUCGCGGGAGAAAAGGAGACACGUGCGUAUCGCUUUGUAACGGGGUGUUUCUCGACGUCGUGUGUCGUUAGCCCUCCGUGGACGGGGUAAUUUUUCGUAGCUUUCGUUUCUUCUGCGAGCUGAAGCACGCGCGGAAUCCGAUUAUCAAAACUAAUCUAGAGAGAUCAUUUUUAUUUCCUUCUCGUGACUCUGAGAGCAACAGUAAAUCUCGAUUAGGAUCUCUUGUUUUGUACCGCAAUAUCUCCUAAUAUUACGAGCUGAAAAAUAUAUCCGUCACUUAGAUUUCCUUCAUUUUUAUGAUUUAAUGAAAUAUUUUGAAAGAAAUGAAUCUCUCUCUCUCUCUCUUUCUUUCAUCGGACUUUUCGCAGCUGUAAUAAAUUUUGAGAAAACGCCCCUAAUACUGAAGCCUGGUAAGUGUACAAUCCUUGCGAUUACCGUAAAAUGUAAAUAUAGGCCACGGGGGAUUGCGUUUUCUGCGAGAGGAGCGUCGUUACCGCGAAGAGUUCGCGCGGAGGGAGGGUCGUAAAAUAAAACAGUCGUAAAAUAAAAUCAAGCGAACCAGGCGACACCGAAGGCAACAAUCAGCGUAGAUUACCACGGACGGAUUCGUUAUCGGUCGCGCAUAAUCCCGAGAUUAUUACGGGAGGGGAAUCGCAUCGAUUCUUAUCGCGUCCGUUCGCCGGAAACGCCACAAUCGAUGACGGCUUCCUUUGUCGCAGCGCAAAGUGCAAGCGACAAAGAGGUGUUGUGCAAAAUGAGAAAAAUUCGCUGGGUAAAGCAAAGUACGCUACACAGUGCUUUGCACGUUGCGAAAAUGCGAGCGCGAUCGUAUUUACAUUGAUAUUUUGCAUUUUCAUUCUGUGCACGCGACACCGAAUUUUCGGUAAAACGGAAGCAGAAAUCGGCGAUUUUGCCGAAGAUGAUUUAUUGACUUUUUUGCGCUCAACAAUCUUGCCUGAAAUCUGAUGUAGGCAAAUUCCGGAAUAGAUAGCAACGCGUAAAGAGAGACGGCUUCCUGUUAUGGUUCCUAAUUUAUCGCCGAUGCAGUGACUCUCAAAUCUCUUUCACCGAUAAUAUGUCGGUAUUGCGUGAAGAAUCACGUUUAACUUUUAAAUUGGAAAAUAACUCAAAGUAAAGAAAAUCUACUUUUAACUUAAACUAGGAGAAGAAAUAAAAAAUAGAUUGGAAAGUUGAAACUGAAAAGAUAUGAUUAUAAUUUCUUUUUGCAAAAAUGGAGACAUUCUGCAUUGAAUAUAUGACAGUUUUGCGCUUUUUUCAUUGGAAUGCA